GCGAUAAAAAAAACAAAUUGUUUUUGUUCUCGCACCACAAAUUUCAUUUUUGGAAAGCCUUUGCAUUUGUUUUUGUACAAAUUAAUAUACAUAAUAUUAAUUACCUACAAAUUGUUUGAAAAAUAAGUAAUUAGUAAUGAUUUCAAAAGUCAUCUGUCUCUUAUUUGCCUACGUGUGCGUGUGAUUGUGUAUGUACACGAUGAAUGUGUGCUUACAUCAUGUAGAAAAAAACGGCUCUCAAUAAAUCGGAUUCAACUUGUUUUGACAGUUCUAAGACAACGAUCGGAGCGAUUCAAGCGAUACAUAAGCGAGGAAGAAAGUGAAUUUGAUUAGUGUUUUGCGUUAAAUCAGUUUGUGAAUUAGUUGUGUUUUUAAUAAAGAAACCUCUGUUUUUCUAGCCUUUGGCACUACAUAUAUUAUUACGUGAAUUAUUGCAUUGAAAUAUUAAAACGAUCAAUAUGUCAUCAUCAGAAAAGAGACGUAAAGUUGAUGCAGAAUGUCGAAUGUUUAAAAAUAGUUGGACGGAAGCCCUUUUUGUCAUAAAACAAAAUGAAACUAUACUGUGCCUCAUAUGUCACGAAAAAAUAUCAGUUUGCAAGGAAUACAAUAUAAAGCGCCAUUAUUCUACAAAACACGCUUCUGAAUAUGAUAAGUACAAAGGUCAAAUUCGAAUUGAUUGUGUAAAUUCGUUAAAAAAAAAUAUGACCGGUCAACAAGCGAUGUUCAAAAUACCGAAAGAAAAUUCCGAAACUGUUACAAAAAUUAGUUUCAUGAUAGCAGAAGUCAUCGCCAAACGAAGCAAACCUCUAUCAGACGGAGAGUUUGUCAAGGAAUGCUUGGAAAUAUUCGCUUCAGUAGCCUGUCCGGAGCAGAAAAAAAUAAUAAAAAAUAUAAGUUUGUCACAUCAAACCAUAGCAAGAAGAAUUGAUUUCAUGGCCAACGAUAUUGAGUCGUCUUUAAAAACGCAAUUGCAGAAAUGUGUUUUCUAUAGUUUAGCGCUCGACGAAAGUACUGAUAUGUCAGAUACAGCCCAAUUGGCAGUUUUCGUGAGAGGAGUAUCUGAAGACUAUACCGUUAUCGAGGAAUUGUUAGAUUUGCGUUCAAUGAAAGAUACAACCACUGGACAAGACAUCUACGAAGAAGUUAAAAGUUGUAUAGAAAAAUAUGAACUUCAAACAGAAAAUCUUUGCGGCUUAACAACAGAUGGUGCGCCUGCAAUGACAGGGAAGAGAAACGGCUUUGUGGUUUUGAUGCGUAAUAGCAUCACACAUACAAUCAUACAGCAUCAUUGUAUUAUUCACCAAGAACAGCUAUGUGCAAAAGUUCUAGACCUGAAACAUGUGAUGGAUAAAGUAGUACAGACAGUUAAUUUUAUACGCGCAAGAGACUUAACCACAGACAGUUCCAGGCUUUUCUGGCUGAUGUCGGUUCAGAUUACGAAGACAUUGUAUACUUCAGUCGCGUUCGCUGGCUCAGCAGAGCAGCUACACUAAAACGAUUCUAUUCCCUGCUGGACGACUCAAAGAUUUUUCUGGACAACAAAUCCCAAGAAAUUACUUUCCUUACUGAUGAGCAGUGGUUGGCUGAUCUGGCUUUCCUGGUUGAUAUAACUAAAUAUCUUUCUGAUCUUAACUUGAAACUGCAAAGGAAAGACCAACUAUGCUCUCAGUUAUACGAACACGUUCUAGCUUUCACAAAAAAGCUUUUGUUGUUGGAAAAGCAGCUGGAACAAAAGCAGUUGAUUCAUUGGGAGACCUUAUCUACAAGAAAGCAAGAUACCUUGGAUUUUGACAAGUACGUGUUGAUGUUACAAAGAUUAAGGAACGAGUUUGACGACAGAUUCGCAGACUUUAAAUCACAAACUCCCUGCAUGAAAGUGUUUCAAAAUCCAUUUGAUAUUGAAAUUGAAGGCGCUGCGCUGAAUUUAUAGCUGGAGUUAAUAGAAUUGCAAAGCAGCUCUCAUCUAAAAACAGCAUAUUAUAAUUGUCUUCCAAACUUAACUGAAUUUUAUAAAAAGUAUAUUACACCCAGUAAAUACCCAAACCUUACUAAGCUGGCUAUUCAACAAAUUUCUUUAUUUGGUAGUACAUAUGUCUGCGAGCAGCUGUUUUCUCGCAUGAAAUUUAACAAAUCAAAAACCAGAUCAUCUUUGUUAGAUAGCCAUCUUAAAUGUAUUUUGCGCAUAGCCACUUCUAAAACUCCAGCUGACAUAGAUGCGCUGUGCAAACAGAAAAAAUGUCAGACAUCUCAUUAAUUAGAUUUUAAGAAUAAGAAUAUCUUUAUAUGCUAAGGCCAUAGUUACAUUAAUAAUAAUAUAUUAAGAUUUAUGUGAUGUUGCUUUUUAUAAAUAAAUAAAUAUACCAAAACUGAAGGUCAUUUUAUUUCUUUUUUUGGCCCGCUACGGUUAUGAAA